AUGGGUCCCGAUGCUACCUAUUUCAGAAUUCAAGAAUCCAUGUCAAAUGUGAACCAUAAGGCGACAGUUAGUGAUCUCAUUGACCAGAACUCAAGGCAGUGGAAGAUUCAGAUGGUGGAAGAGUUUUUCUCUAAGGAGGAGGCAGAACUUAUCAAAUGGAUUCCUAUCAGUUACUCAAACUGUGAGGAUAAAUUAAUCUGGACUGGAACCUCUCAAGACACUUUCUUAGUCAAAAGUGCUUAUCAUAUACAUAAGGAGUUGAAAGAGAUGGAAAAAGGACACAGGUCAAGUAGUUAUCUCAUGGAAAAGUUCGGGUCAAGGUUGUGGAAAUCAAAGGUACACCCUAUAGAUAAGAUUUUUCUUUGGAGGGCCUGCUAUGAGGCAUUACCAACCAAUCUUAACCUGUUUAAGAAGAAAAUCCUUGAAAAGCCUUUCUGUCCUAUUUGUCUGCAAGAUGAAGAGACAGUCAUCCAUGCCUUAUGGUCUUGUCCUGCUGCCCAAGAUGUCUGGUACCAACGCCCAAGACAGUUUCAAAAGAGUAGGACUUUUGUUCACUCAAUCUAUAAUCUGAUUGUCACACUGGUCUCAAGUGGAAAGAAAGAGCUGGUUGAAGAAUUAGCAGUGGAUUCGAUGAACCUGCAACUUCAGAAAAUAGCUGAAUAUACAGGGCCACCACAACUGAAUUCAAAUUGGUCCCCACCUCUUCCACAUGCUUAUAAGAUCAAUUGGGAUGCUGCCAUAGAUAAAAUGCAUUGCAAAGUUGGGAUUAGAAUCAUAUUGGGCCUCACAAAGAUCAUCAUUGAAGGGGAUUCUCUCCAAUUGAUUCAAGCAAUAAAUGGAAAGGGUGAAAACUGGUUUGCAGCUGGCAUGAUGAUUGAUGAUGUUAAUGGCCAUCUAUCUUAUUUUGAAAGUUGGUUAGCGAUUCAUAUUCGUAGAGAGGGUAAUAAGGCAGCUCAUGUGCUUGCCAAGAAUGCACUUUUGACUUCUACUUCUUCUGUUGUUGUUUAA